AGAAUGCGACUCUGCAUAAAAGUGGCCCAUCAACGACGUCCAUGCUACACCUUGUUAUGUAAAUAUUUCCACCAUGAGUAAAACUAACGGUGAAGACAGUGGGAUACCCAUGCAGCGUUUGUCUGACUCGGUCACUCCCUCUGCCGGUCAAAUAACAGAGAGUGAAGCCACGAUAAAGAAUCCAGAAGACACUCUAUUCUCAAGAUGGUGCUUGUCCUUGACACUUGCCAUUCUCUGUUUUGUGAGCAUCAUUGCUAUCACCUGUGCUGCGGUGGCUCUGUCCCGUCCACCAGAAGCUACAGUCACCAUAGAAGGUGACAACAGAACAGUGUCAUCUAGCCAGCAGACGGAGACACUAUCGAGCUCCAGUACAAGCGGUGGCUCGCAAGGCGCCAAGAAAAGAAUAUGGUUGGUUGCAGUGGGGACACGACUAUGGAGCACAUGAUUACAUCGACGAAAGUGGUUACCUUGCAGGGUUUAACCAAGAUAUUGUAGAUGCAGUGUGCAGGGAGGCCAACAUGGACUGCAGAACAGUGUGGGACAAAUAUUCCAAUUGCUGGGCCUCAGCAGGCGGACAACAUGCUGUCGGAGGUCAAGGUCUGAUGGCCGGGUGGUACGAUGCCUGCACUGGUUGGGCGGCGACGGUAGACAGGUUGGCAGUCUUCUCAUUUUCUGUGCCAUUUAUCAAAACAACACGCUCCUUCUUCUUCGUCUCUAAAAAUAGCACUGCAAGUUUUGACUGGAGAGACAUCACUGGAAAGAAAAUCGGGUUUCUCCAUGGCUGGGCAAGCAAUGACAAGUGCGUGGCCCGCUGGACGGCAGUGUCCGGGUCGGUGUUGAGAGAGGAACAAAAAUUUACAGUGGCAAGCCCUGCCCAGUUAAGAGAUAGCAUACUUAGUGGCACGGUGGAUGCAGGCUUUGCCGGACAGCGGGACAUGGAAGCGGAGAUGACGUACCUAGACCAGGUCGGGGAUGGGACCAGCUGUUUUGUUGUUGGCCAAGCCAUGGUAACACGGAAGGACAGCGACUUCAACUCCUACUGGAACGUCGGUUUCCAAAAACUUGUGUCCAGCGGGAAGUUUAAGAAGCUUUGCGAAGAAACAGAAAAGAAACACGGUCACAAAGGAGACAUUGGCUGUGUUGAAACCUAAGUAAAAAGUGCUUAGUGAUCUUAAUUUCAGCACUUACUUGCUACUCAAGUUCUUUAUUUCUAAUGUGAGACCUUUCCUGUGGAAUGUAUAAUGUCAACGCAGUGAUAUCCACUUUGAAAAUGAUAAAGUUGGUAUAAGAUUUCACACUCGAUGAAGACAUAAAUUAUAACGUCGUCCAGCAGCGCUUUAGAACCUAAAAUUUUAUGUCCAGGAAUUAAUUCCUUUAUUAUAUGCUCUAAAGGCGUUAAGUAAAGAUGUGUUGGUUACAGAUAAAAAUGUUUGAAAAGCGAAAAAAAAAAAAGAUUUUUUUCAUUGAAGCCAUAAAAUCCUUGGUUUGGGACUGUUUGAAAAAUUAGAUUGAUGGAUAUUAAAAUUUUGAUGAAUCCGUAAAGCACUUAAUGUGUAGAUCAUUAAAAUAUUCGUCUUAAGUGUCAGUAUAAUUUUUUUUCUGCAGAGGGUCAUUACACUCAAUUCGCGCGUCUAUUACCCUCUUCCGGGGCCACAUUUUGAAUAUUCACUUGAUGUAAUUUUUCAAAGACAUGUCUCUGGCUAAAUUAUUAGCAGUUAUAGUAACCUAUGUAUAUCCAGCGAAAUUAUGAGGAUUAUUACAGGAAACAAAUCAGAAUUGUACAUCACUGACAUAGUGAAAGUUAGAAAAUCAAACCACAACAACAUAAUUUCUCUUAUUGAUCAUAAGCUGGUUUGAUCUAUUACACAAUGAUUUUCGUUACGUCACCGUAUCCCACUAUUGUUAUGUAGCAUAACCUCUAAUUUUCGUUCUCCAGUAACUAUCCAAAAAUUCCUGACUCAUUUGAUCAAGAGUGUUUCUUUCAUUUUUCAUUAUUGUACAUAGUGUGUGUUAGAUUUGCAUCUGCUAGCAUUACAACUCAAGUUCGAAUAAAGUUUUAAUACCGGUGUUUCAAUUUUUCAUUCAAGAUGAAAGCAGACAUACCGCGAAAGUUUUCAUUGCAAUUUUCAUUGGUUGUCACUUUUUAUUUCUGUAGCUACAUGUACGACGGUGACCAUUGACGUUCCGCUUAAAUAUUUGCCCUGUCGGAAUAGCUUUGACGCAUGGCCAUAUUACUGAGCAAUGUCGAGAGGAGGUGAAAUGAAAAAUGCUUAAAACUGAAAUAAAAACGCAGUAAAAUGGAUUAUAAAAGAUUAAAUCGAAAAUAAAAUAAACAGAAUAAAAUGCCGCUGAAGAAAAAAAUUAUAUUAUGUACAGGGAUAUUUGGUAACAACAUAGAUACAUGAUACGUCUUUUUUUAUCAAUUACUCGAAGGUUGUGUGUUCAGUGACAGAGGUGAAAAAUCCCUUUGUAAUCUCUGCAUCUGGUGUUCUUUCGGGAAUGCAAUGCAACCCCAAUAAAUAAAUAAAUAAAUAAAUAAGAUGUCACUUGCAGUUAUUUGGCAGGACUUAUCUUCUCAGAAUUUUUUCUUAGACCUUCGUAAAUCUCGAAAGAACACAACAGUUCAUGCUCUUCUCAUGGUCGCAUUUAAUUUCUUUUUCCAAUGUGCCUUACCGCUUCGUCCUGCACAACAUCUAUUUUGUACAAGCGGAGCUUGAAAUAUAGCGUUUGGCAUCAGUUUUUGCCAAUUAUAUUCACUUGCUGCAGUUCAGGCAUACAUAGUAGAAUUUUCAAUUUCUGGUUGGCUACCCGUCAACCUACCUCAACAGAAAACUUCAGUUGACAGCUGACAUUUUAAAAGAAAAUGUCAAUUAUAAUGAAUUGAACAGUUAUUAAUAUCUCUUAUUUUAUUAUAUACUUUAUUUAAAAAAAAAAGAAAGAAAAAAGACCGCACCCUCUAAAGUUAACCGGAUGACCUUCGGUUCCCCCGUAGUUACACCAGGAUUUUCAGAUUUAAAUCUACUGACGUUGUCUACAUUAUAUAUAUAUGGCCAUACACCACCCAGGAUCUCCCGUUGUUGAUUCAAGGCUGGGCACAGUCUUUUAUCAGCUUAGCGUCAGCAGUUUGAUAUUUAUAACGGGAUGUCCUUUAUAUUUUCCCCUACUUUCGUUUAGUGAUAUUCCAUAAAAAAUUCCCACAAAACCAUUGCUGUUUUCUGCGAAACAUGGUGUCAUUAUUUAGAAGGUGGGUUAUUAAUGGAUGCCUGAGCAGCGUAUCAUUCAAAAGCAAGUGUUUUUUUUUUUGUGAUAUUAUAGAAAUACUUUAUACAGGCUAUCCGUGUAAACUUUUACAGGCUAACUGAUGAAUUUUCAUUAAUGAGAGCUACCACCAAUAUUUAUUUAAAAUGUGAACCGUUGAAACACCUAUACAAAGUGGAUCUCUCGCAGUGAAAAAAAAAGCAGAAAGGAUGAAUAGAUAUUCCCCAUGCUGUUUACCUUUCCGAUUGAGU